AUCGAUAUCUCUUUGAACAAGAUCAUGACUACUUAUCUUCCUAUCACCACAACAUCGUCGUGGUAAACGAGCAGUGACAGUUUGUGUCUCUCUACUUUCUUUACAUAACUGUAACUACGUGUCAAUAGAGAGGACAGCAUUCUGUGACUCUGUGAUAAGAUUAAGAAAGGAUUGAAAUAGCCCACGGUAAAUGGCAGCUUUCAGGCACCAGUCAUCACUAUGUCAUUUCCGGCCCGGAAGAUCCGCACGGUUAACACAACGAGCAGGAGCACGCUUAAACCAACGGUGAGAGAUUUCAGCGACCAGGUCAUUGGUAACUACACAAUAGACGACGACACCUUAUGUGUGAGCACCGUCGCACGCGCUCAAAGCGAAAUUUCGACAUACCGGCGCCCGCACAGUACAGUGACCUACACGUCCCUGGAGACAGCCGCCCAGAGCCACAUACCUGCCACUUUUGACACACCGAGGUCCUCAACGUUCGGUCCUGCUGAGGUCCAUCGGCGCCAUGUUGUCAAAAGUGCUCGCCUGAGAUCGAGGCUUUCCGGAAACAAACAGAUGAAGCGUCUGGACUCACGGAACAGCGUCUUAUCCAAUGGCUGGCAAGACACAAAUCCGGGCUUCUUUGCGACUUAUCCCAGUGGGAGCUGCAGGGAUCUCGUAAGCUCGAGACCCUUCGAACGCUCAGUAUCCUCCGAGUUCAUCGGACAUCAGCACCCCCGGGUCCGACCGUCCACCACCGGCCGUUACUUCGACAGCAGCAACGGCUUGUGGACGUCCAGCACAGCUCGCAUGUCCUACCAGAACCGUCCACACACGGCAGGCGCCUGGGCCGGGCCGGGUCUGAGGAUACAGAAGAUGACGCUCAACGUCAAAGACUCUCCAUGGGUCCACGGGUACAACUGAUACCUGAACGGGGAGGGAAUUGAGUAA